AUGGCUGGCGGCGCUGGACAGCGUCGGGGUCGUGACCUCGACCAGCCACAACCCCCACCACACAAUGGCGGAUACCCUCCGGAAGGAUAUUCUGCCCAACGACCACAAAAUCAAGCUGGAAAGCAUGAUGGUCCCGGUCCAGGAUCAGCCCGCAGUGUAGGAAGUGGUGCAAGCAUGCCUCCUCAAAGUGGUGGAUUGCCACCCCCUUUGGGAUAUGACCCAGGCCGCAUCACUUGCCAGCCUGUAAAGGAGAGUGCUAUUUCAAACACCCGUGUUGAGUUACCUCCUGAUGCAGCAGGCCUUGAUCGUAAAGUGAGUGAUCUGUUUUUUUGA